AUGCCAUCACGACACACAAUCAUAGGCUCGGCUCAGAUCACACAGUGCAAGAGCAACAGACUCACCAUCCUGGAAGGAACCAUCAAUCUGCUCAGCUACAUGGUCCACUGCAUCCACUGUCAAUAUCCCAACUCGGAAGCCAAACUGCAUAAAUGUCAAAUUGUUGACGAGAUAAAACUGAGGCGUUUGAGUUGGCUGGGACACGUUGAGAGGAUGAGUGACUCAAGAAUUGUAAAAAAGGUCUUCAGGAACAACCCAGGAGGAAGGCUGAGAGGACGUCCGAGAAAGCGUUGGCUGGAGGACAUUAGGAAGCUGGGUGUCAGGGGAUGGAGACGUAAGGCUGUCGAUAGAGACGAAUGGAGAGGCUUUUUGAAUGAGGUCAAGGCUCUAAAUGAGCUGUAG